AUGUGCUCUUUCCCCCCGGAUCAAGUCGCUCUCGCCAUGCGGAUCCACUGCAAAGUAGUUGUGAUCGCCCUGUGUUUCGGAGUUUUCCUACUUUUCUACUUUUGGGGAGGCAAUGUCGCGGACGGUCGGCUGCUGAAACAAGUUGCGGCGGAGGAGGGCAGGAACUCUUCCACGUCGUCGGUCAAGCGCGAUCACUAUGUUGGCUCAAAGUUGGCGAGGAAAUCUCCCAUAGCGGUCAAGAUGCGUGAGGAAGAUCUCCCCACGGGACGAAAAAAUGCGAAAGUGACCAGGCGAGUGGGCAACGUCAACGCAAAGAGCAAAACAGGACGGGCUGUGGGCAAGCGCACCCGCGUCGAGGAAUUCAUGCACUUGGCUAUGGUGGCGUGCGGGAGUCGCCUGGAGGAGACCUUAACGCUCGUCAAAUCGGCCGUCCUGUUCAGCCUAAAGAAGAUCAAGGUUCACAUUUUUGCUGAGGAUCUCUUGAUCCCACAGUUUCAAGAAAAGUUUCGCCAGUGGCCUGGAUUUAUCUCAGCCAAGUUCAAGUACCAGCUUUACCCGAUCACCUUCUCAGUGGGGAACGCAGACGAAUGGAAGAAGCUCUUCAAGCCCUGCGCCGCUCAGAGACUCUUUCUUCCUGUCAUCCUCAAGGACGUCGACUCGUUGCUGUACGUGGACACCGAUGUGCUGUUCCUGCGACCCAUGGACGAUAUCUGGAGAAUGCUGAAGUCCUUCAACAGCACACAACUGGCGGCGAUGGCUCCGGAGCACGAAGUCCCCAAAAUCGGCUGGUACAGCCGCUUUGCGCGUCAUCCUUUCUACGGCAUCUCGGGGGUCAAUUCGGGUGUCAUGCUGAUGAAUCUUACAAGGAUACGCAGCACAUUGUUCAAGAACAGCAUGAUUGCCAAUGGCCUUUCCUGGGAGGACCUUUUGCACCCACUUUACCAAAAGUACAAGAACCACAUCACAUGGGGAGAUCAGGACCUCCUCAACAUUAUCUUUCACUACAAUCCAGAGUGUCUAUUCGUCUUCCCUUGCCAGUGGAACUACAGGCCUGAUCACUGUAUGUACGGGAGUAACUGCAAAGGAGCCGAAGAGGACGGUGUGUCCAUCCUCCACGGCAACCGCGGAGUCUAUCAUGAUGACAAGCAGCCAGCCUUCAAAGUAGUUUAUGAUGGAAUUCGUGAUUUCCCCUUUGAUGACAACAUGUUCCAGUCGCUGUUCUAUCCCAUCCAAGCCAAAUUCCUGGACACGGUCAACACUCUGUGUGGUCGGAUCCCACAAGUCUUCCUCAAGCAGAUAGAAAAGACCAUGAGGAAGGUCUUUGAGGAGAACGUAAUCCGACAUAUCAGGCCACACAACUGACUGUCGGUGCAAUGGACUUCCUAUGAAUGUGACUGGAGGACUGCGGACCGCUCUUGCAACAGACUGUGUGUCGGGCCAGUCUCUUUGAGUGAACUUGCGGCGGCACGUACGAAAGCAAUGAUAUUUCCUAAACUGUUUCGAUGAAUGGUAAUGGUCGAAAGCACCAUUGUAAUCUCGUCAUGUUCGGCCCGCUUGUCAGUGAUGUGGUCAAACCGCUUUUGGCGAAUGAUGAUACCAUUAUCAUGGUAUAAUCACGUGUUUGUUUACAUGUGGCAAAAAUAUACAUUUUUCAAUAAUUACCGGUAAUCUUGGUGGUUACACCUGACUGUUGGGUACGUUGUUUUUCUGCUCAUUUAAAAAAAAAAAAAGUCCACCUUUGAAAUUGGAAGGUUUUCGUGCUCUGUGGUGAACCCUGGAUUAUACUGUGAAUGGUGUACUAAAACAAAUUUAAUUUAAAAGUUACUUCAACCACUUGACAAAUUAAAAUGUAGUCAAUUCAACAACAAAAAUGGGUUCCCUGAAGAAUCUGGGUGCCCGGAACUGGUUUCCCCACAAUCCGGUGGUCCCAUGUGAGGGUGACUGGAAAACGCAAUACUGACAGUUUUUUCUUUGUGUAAAUUACACCCCUUAAUUUUUCAAAUAUUUUGGUUCGCACUACUUUGCAAAGUUUGGAUGCUGGAAAUGUAAGCAGUGUGUUUUUUGGCGCCCAAGUGGCCCAUUUCAGGACAUUAUUGCCUUGACUUUCAUCCAAAACGUAGGGAAAUUUGUAGUUGUCUCAAAGCGAUUUUUAAGGACAACCAACAAUUUCAAUCUAACACAGACACAAGGCAUGAAAAAACUGUGACAAAUCAUUGAAUAAAGGGCCGCGGAUGAAAGGAGUCGAUGCAUAUAAAUAAAACGCCACUUUUUGAAAAUGUACAGAGUACUUUCUGUGCUGCCUGGUACCAAAUUAUCCAAGGCUUCACCCCUGUGGUUGGUGACCCUACCCUGAACCCAAAGUAUUAAACUUUAGCACAAAUGGAGACAUAGAGUUUGAGGUUACAUGUAGAAUAUUGGAAUGCACUUUCAUGAUUUCAGCUAUGAACGAACAAUAGGUCCAGACAAGAUCAGCAACGUGUGAUUAUUUUUUGGUUUGGUCGUUUGUGUUUUUUUCUAUCUGAAAUCGACUGGGAUAGGCUUCCGCUCCCCGCAAUGCUGAACAGGAUAAGCGGUGUGAAAAUGGAUGGCUAGAUGCCGUGGCACUCUGUCCAAACGGAUCAAAACCAAAAGUCUUAGUGUUUGAAAGAACUGCAGCAAAGGUUACGUCCUAUGAAUGUUGUCUGUCAUGUUUACUGUCAACAAAAUGAACUCCUCAGAUAUGUGUCUUUGAAAGGUUUAUCUUUAUUUUAUUUGUUGUGCUGUACUCAUUGCUGUGGUGUGACGAUAGGCUAUACAGUCUAUUCAAUCAUUGCAACUGGAACCUGUUCAUGGUUGGACGGCACAAAUAUGUUUUUGAAAUAAACAAUGCAAUGGAA